UCACCUGACAGUCUACACUACUCACCGGUCAUGUUUUCUGUGUUGGGACUCACCAUUCCCUUCUCAGCCACGGAGCUACUCUUGAUCUCUAUUGUCUUCUGCCUGGUGUUUUGGGCUAUCCGGACCUGGCAGCCUCAAGCCCCCAAAGGCCUGAAGAACCCCCCAGGGCCCUGGGGCUGGCCCCUGCUGGGACAUGCGCUGACGUUAGGGAAGAACCCGCACCUGGUCCUGUCACGGAUGAGCCAGCUUUAUGGGGAUGUGUUGGAGAUCCGAAUUGGCAGCACGCCUGUGGUGGUGCUCAGUGGCCUGGAUACCAUCAGGCAGGCCCUGGUGCGGCAGGGAGAUGACUUCAAAGGCCGGCCUGACUUCUACAGUUUCACCCUGGUCACUGAAGGUCAGAGCCUGACCUUCAACCCAGACUCAGGGCCUGUGUGGGCUGCUCGCAGGCGCCUGGCCCAGAAUGCACUAAAGAGUUUUGCCAUUGCCUCGGAUCCAACAUCCUCAUCCUCCUGCUAUCUGGAGGAGCAUGUAAGCAAGGAGGCCGAAUAUCUUAUUGGCAAGUUCCAGGAGUUGAUGGCAGGGACUGGGCACUUUGACGCCUACAGGUAUGUAGUGGUGUCUGUAGCCAAUGUCAUCUGUGCCAUAUGCUUCGGCCAGCGCUUUGACCACGACGACCAGGAGUUUCUUAGCUUGGUUGACCUGAGUAAUGAAUUUGGGGAGAUAGUGGCUUCAGGCAACCCAGCUGACUUCAUCCCAAUCCUCCGUUACUUGCCCAACCCUACUCUGGCUACCUUCAAGGACUUGAAUAACAAGUUCUAUAACUUAAUGCAGAAGAUGGUCAAGGAGCACUACAAGAAGUUUGAAAAGGGCCAUAUUCGGGACAUCACAGACAGCCUGAUUGAUCACUGUCAGGACAAGAAGCUGGACGAGAAUGCCAAUAUGCAGCUGUCCGAUGAGAAGAUUGUCAACGUGGUUAUGGAUCUCUUUGGAGCUGGGUUUGACACAGUCACAACUGCUCUCUCCUGGGCACUCCUGUACCUAGUGACGAACCCUGGUAUACAGAAAAAGAUCCAGAAGGAACUGGACACGGUGAUUGGUGGAGUGCGACAGCCCCGGCUCUCAGAUAGAUUCCAGCUGCCCUAUCUGGAGGCCUUUAUCCUGGAGACCUUCCGACAUUCCUCCUUUGUGCCUUUCACUAUCCCCCACAGCACCACUAGAGACACCAGUCUGCUUGGCUUCUACAUCCCCAAGGAACGCUGUAUCUUUGUGAAUCAGUGGCAGAUCAACCAUGACCCGAAGCUGUGGGAUGAUCCAUCUGCCUUCCGGCCAGAAAGGUUUCUCACCGAAGAUGGCACCAUUGACAAGACAGCGAGCGAGAAAGUGAUACUCUUUGGCAUGGGCAAGCGGAAAUGCUUGGGAGAAACCAUUGCCCGCUGGGAGAUCUUCCUUUUCCUGGCCAUCUUGCUGCAGAGGGUAGAAUUCAGUGUGACUCCAGGCGUAGAGGUGGACCUGACCCCCAUCUAUGGACUAACCAUGAAGUAUGCCCGCUGCCAUCACUUCCAGGCACACAUACGCUCUGAGGGGGUUGAGCUCUCUGCCCCCUAGAUUCAGUUUACCUGAUUUUUCUGGG